ACUCUGAAUAAGUCGCCAAAUUUUUUUUUUUUAAAAAUAACACGUUAACAAAACACUAAUAAAUUAUUUUUCUUAACUUUCCACCAAAGCAUCGCCGAAAAAAACACUUUCCAGCAAAGCUCCUCCUCCUCCUUCCGCCCUAUUUUCCUCGGCCGCCGCCGCCACCACCACUUUCGUUCUGAUUCUUCUUCGCAAUCGCAACCAAGUCUCUCACCCGCGCCCUGCGCGUACGGCCCCUAUUUCUUGCUUCAGCUCUUUUACUUCUUCCAGCUAUAUACCAGAAGCUUGCUUCCCAGUUCCCGCACCACUUCAAUUCAUUGAUUUCUUCAGUUAGCUCCUCCCUUAAAUUUCCAGCUCCGGUAGUUCGAUGAGAUGAGAAGGGUCGCAAGCGAGUUGCGCUCUGAAUUUAGAGGAAAUGGGUUCAAGAAGAGCUGCCGGGUGCAUAACGGUCUAUGUGAUUCUGCUUUUCUGUGUGACCACGGCCAAUCAACUAAGCCCUCAGAAGAAUGAAGAAGAAACGGCAGAAGAGGCAUGGAUCCGCUGCUGCAGGGAACAGUCAGGAGACAACGAGGAUUUAUUGAAAGAUUGUGACUUUUACAGUCUUCUUGAAUCACCCAGCGAAAUGGAAUCAUAUUUGUCAGCAAGAAGAAACGUGCAGGUUAAUCCAGUGAGAGUUGUGCCACAAGAAUUGAAGAAGGAACUUCUAUAUUGCCUGAGAAAGAUAAAUCUUCUCUCUGAUGAUGGAAGCAACAGCUUUACCCAUUGGCUUGCCAAGUGGCUUCGGCUAGUUUUGGAAUGGUCUCCUACUCCUACUACAACUCGAAGAAGGUAUCUGGCUAGUAAGCUUGAUGUCCAAAGUGCGCCGAAUGCUUCACCACCUGCAUUAUCUCAGUCUUAUAGCCCUGCUGCAAGUACUACUGAAACUCGAAAUAAUGGCUCAGGACCACCUUCUGCACAGGACUCUAAACUUAUUCCUAUUGUGGCAACUGCAGUAGCAACCUUCUCGCUUGUUGCAUUGUUAUUCUGUUGUUGGCUUCUUUGCUUGAGGAAAAGACGGCCUGAAAUUAUUAAUGAUAUUGAAGAGGAAAGAGAUGAGAGGCCUCUGCUCCACUUGCGUGGUUCGUCUGUCAGUUCAUCUCUGGCUUCUGCAAGUAUGGCUAGCUCGACUGCUAAGAAUCCGAAGUCUAAUGGUGCAGUGAAUGAAACACUUGCAACCAACCUAUAUCUGCAGCAGGGGAAACAAGAGGGUGUAACCAUGGAGGGGAAAUCAACCGAAACAAAAGUAAAUGCAGUAAAUGAACUUCUUCCGCCUCUAAAACCUCCACCUGGAAGACCUGUGACACCUCCACCUCCGUCGCCACCUCCACCUCCUACGGCGCCUCCACCUCCUCCUAUGGCACGUGCACCGCUGCCACCUCGGCCACCUCCUCCAGGACCUCCACCACUGCCAAAACCCCGCCCUCCACCUGCUCCGCCCAAGUCUAAGUUGAAUCCUUCGCCUCUUGGACCAAAGCAGCCCAAUAUCAGUCCUUCCAGUGAUCCAGAUAGUACUGAUGAUGGAGCUCAAAAGGCUAAGCUGAAACCUUUCUUUUGGGAUAAGGUUAUGGCCAGUCCUUCUCGCUCAAUGGUCUGGCAUGAGAUUAGUGGUGGAUCUUUCCAGUUCGACGAGGAGAUGAUAGAGUCGCUUUUUGGCUUUAAUGCUAAUAAGAAUAACAAUGAGCGUAAGAUAGAGUUGGUUGACAAUUCAGUUAAGUACAUUCAGAUUAUUGAUCCUAGGAAGGCUCAGAAUCUGUCUAUACUUUUGAAAGCACUAAAUGUUACUACGGAAGAAGUUCUUGAUGCUCUUCGUGAAGCUAACGAGCUUCCAGUGGAGGUUCUCCAAACUUUACUGAAGAUGGCGCCAACACAAGACGAGGAAUUGAAGCUGAGGUUGUAUGAAGGUGAGAUUUCUCGUCUGGGCCCUGCAGAACGGUUCCUCAAAGCGUUGGUGGAAGUCCCAUUUGCUUUCAAGAGAAUCGAAUCAUUGCUAUUUAUGAGUUCACUUCAAGAAGAAGUUACGUCUCUCAAAGAAUCCUUUGCAACUCUUGAGGUAGCUAGCAACAAGCUCAGAAACAGCAGGCUCUUCCUGAAACUACUGGAAGCAGUUCUCAAAACUGGUAACCGAAUGAACGACGGCACUUACCGAGGUGGUGCACUAGCAUUCAAGCUUGACACUCUCCUAAAGCUCUCCGAUGUCAAAGGAACAGAUGGCAAGACGACCCUUUUACACUUUGUCGUUCAAGAAAUCAUCCGUUCUGAAGGCGUGCGUGCGUUCCGAGCAGCACAGGCAAACAACGCAAGCUCCCCAAGCAUGGCAUCAGAAGACCUCAGCAAGAACCCCAACGAUCAGGCAGCAGAGGAACACUACUGCAACAUUGGGCUCCAGGUGGUUUCAAGCUUAAGCAGCGACUUCGAAGAGGUGAAAAGGGCAGCGGUUUUGGAUGCUGACAUGCUGUCGUCUACACUGUCAAAGCUCAGGCAGUCAUUGACGAGGGCCAAAGCAUUUGUAGAGUCUGAUAUGAAGAGCGAUGAAGAGAGCGAGUUUUAUGCCUCACUUGUGGCCUUCAUGGAUCGAGCUGACUCGGACAUCACAUGGCUUUCAGAGGAAGAGCAGAGGAUAUCAGCUCUGGUGCAGAGCACAGCAGAUUACUUCCAUGGCAAGUCAGGGAAGGAAGAAGGGUUGAGGCUUUUCAGCAUUGUGGCGAGUUUCUUGACGAUGCUUGACAAGGCAUGCAGAGAAGUGAAGGAAGCGAGAGCCAAGGAACUAGCUGCAACGAGAGUGCCAAAGAAAGAAAACACACGGGAAGCAUCGAGUUCAGGAAUUCAGCAACAGCAGCAGGCUCAGAAUCAACAUCAUCUCAAGCCGCUGUUUCCAGCCAUUGCUGAAAGGCGGAACAAUGAAUCCUCUAGUUCAGAUGAUGAAUGAAGAUUAGUCCCAAGCUUGUACAUGUAUACACUCGAUUGUUUGUUUAUUCACCCAAAAGGAAAGAUGCCAUCUUUUUUAUUUUAUUUAUUAGGAACCAACAUAUCAGAAUUUUGGACAAGGGUCAAGGGUAGUGUUAGAAAUGUGAAUUUUUUGAACCUUGCUGACUGAUAUAUGGAUGAUUGCCGUUUACCCUAACACCAUGUCAUUUUACACUAGCAGAGUCUGUUAAUUUCAUUGGAAAAAAAAAUAAGCAGAGUCUGUUAAUUGUUUGCA